AUGGGUUCUGCUCUAAGUUCAUACAAAUCCAAGAGAAGAGAUAAGAAAGAAUAUAAGAGGCGAGUAAACAUUUCUCUUCCGCUUGGAGGAAAAUAUUCAGAUGCUCUUACGACUCGAUUUUGUUUUCCAGGUGACAUUGAUCACAUCGUCUAUCUUGUUCAAAUUUGAAACCUUUUUUUCGUCGAUUAGGAAACUAAGAGAGCAACUGAAAGAAGCGCAAGAACACAUAGCUCGUCUUCAGGAACAACUUCAGUGUGAAAAUGAGUAAGUUCAUUCGAGUAAUGUUUGCUGGGGUGGCUGAUUCUUUCUCGAUUAAACUUCUUUUCCUUGACUUUCUCCUUUUUAUGCCUAAUCGUAAGAUCCGAGUAAAAAGUCCAUAUGCACUAGUUAUGUAAAUGUCUUUGGCUAGGAGGGCUUCAUCUGGAUUGUUCCGACAAAUAGAGAGGGACUUAGUAUUCGGGUGGUUACCCAGUAUCUCCAGCUCUUGUAAGACGCAAAGAAGGUGAAUAAUUUGCUCUAUCUAAGACCUUUUCUUAGCUUUUUCUUUUCUUCAAAGUUUUAAAUUGUAAACCUAAAAUUACUACUUGUUAGUACAAUUGACCGUUAUUGUUCAUUACUUGUGUGGGCCAAUUAUUCCUGUUCGUUCUCUUAUGACAUUUUAUUUAGAUUACUUGAGGCCUUUCAAAGGUCACGCAUCGCCCCUAACAUAGGGCCUGGAACACAGAAAUAUCGAGCAGCCACUGAAAUGAUGAAAGAAAUUGAAGCUUUGGAGCGAAAACAUUUCUUUGAGCAAGUUGCUCUGAAUGUUACAGAAAAUAGAUGUGACUUUCUGGAUGACAACUACCGGUAAUUGAAUUGCUGUUUAAUAACCGUACACUAUGGCGUUAUUAAAAAGUUAAAUACAGAAGUUUCAGUUCUUCACACACACACAAAAAAUGUGAGUUCUCAAAUAAUCAGAAGACUCUAUAAUAGUCCUCGGUCAGUGCAUAGAGUGUUUGGAGAUCGGCAAGUAUGGAGGGGAUGGGGGGAGAACGAAAGCUAGUGCUCUCAAAUGAGGCAAAUCAGAAAAAAAUCAUUUCGAGCCGUAAGUAUGUUUUAUCUCUUUUUACAGUCUUCUUCACGACAAUGAGACGAGCCUUUACUGGCAGAAGUCAUCCUGUCAAACAAACCUGGAGGCCUUGAAAAAGAAACAAGAGGCCAUUCAGUUCAGUCGAUUCAAAGACGAAAAUCCGCUGGAACAGUGGGUCGUCUGCUCGCUUCCAAAUCUUUACUUCGGAAGAGUUGAAACCCUAUCAUCAUGGCAUUAG